UGCAGAAGACCUUGAAGGAGAGCAAAAGAAAAUCCUAGGAUGAAAUUAUGGCAUGUAUGAUUUUGAUGUGUUUCAUUUCUUUCCAAUCACUUUUUUAGGUGUCAGAAUGAGUGAUCCAUCAGAUAAGAACAAGUCCACUCAAGAACACACCGAUCAAAUGUUUCCAGACAAAAGCGGGCAGAUUGGACUGAAGCAACUGCAACAGAUAGAACGGCAGCUAAAAUGCUUGGCAUUUCAAAAUCCUGGCCCACAGGUGGCAGAUUUUAACCCCGAGACAAGACAGCAGAAAAAGAAAGCAAGGAUGUCGAAAAUGAAUGAAUAUUUUUCUGUGAAGUACAAAGUCAUGAAGAAGUACGACAAAAGUGGCAAGCUACUCUGUAAUGACAUGGAUCUGUGUGACUGCCUGGAGAAGAACUGUCUGGGGUGCUUCUACCCUUGUCCCAAGUGCAACUCUAACAAGUGUGGGCCCGAGUGCCGAUGCAACAGGCGCUGGGUUUAUGAUGCCAUUGUUACUGAGUCCGGAGAGGUCAUCAGCACUCUACCAUUUAGUGUUCCUGAGUAG